CAAAGUCGGAAGUUCCGACAAUUGUCAAGAGUUUUUUUAGGUUAGAAAGAGAGCAACAAAUGAAUAUUUUGUCAAAUUUCGUUCUACUAUAUUAGUAAUUAUUGUACUUGAUAAUUACGGCAAAUUUAUUUACAGAAAAAGUGAUUCAACCGAAAAUGGUUGGUUUUCGCGAUGUUUAUGACGUCUCAGCUCGUCAAAAGAAAAUAAUCGAGGAAAAAGCUGCUCGAAGAAUAGAACUCCGAAAUGAAUAUCUCAGAAAAUAUUUAAAUCCCUAUAAACCCGACGGUGGAAUGAUGUUCGAUGAGCCAAUUCAAAGAUUAAUAUCAUUGAGAGAGACACGGAGGGAAUUCAAUAAACCAACUGUUUUAAAUUGGCUUGCUCAUAUUGGAAUGGUAAUCGUUCCCUUUACUCUACUAGUUAUUGCUGUUAAGCGCGAAAGGGAUGCUAAAGAACGUCAAUACCGGACUGGUCAAAUUGCAUAUAAAGAUAGAUUCAUGAAAUUCGCUUAAGGUUAAGACAUUAUUGUAGAUAAAUGUGGGUGAAAAAUCAUUUAGCUUAAAUAAAGAAUUAUAUAUAAA